AUGACCGCUAUUCAGAUAAAGGAGCACCACGACAAAGGUGUAUCUGGGGUGGCGGUGGGCCUGGUCCUGUGUCGCUCUAUGGUCUCCCUGGCAGUGGUGGGAGCCAUCUUUGGCCUGGAGUUGCUGGUCAUAUCGCAAGUGAUUGAGGACCGGGACUCGGGCCGGCGGUGUGGCCUGGGGUCAGCUCUGGUGCUUGUGGCGGCGGCGCUGUCGGCAGGGGGAGUGGUGAUGUUGGUGUCUCUGCUCCGGCAGCAGGCCUCUCCUUUGGGCUUCACCCUUACCUUCUGGUGCCAGUUUACCGCAGUCUUCCUGCUCUUCCUCAACGGCAUGGCAGCGCCACAUCCAUCACAUGGCCCUGCAGGCACCACCUAGAGGCCACCUGGGGAAAUGCUAGAGGUGAAAGAGCACAAGGAGUCCAGCAGUGUCCAGUUACAGCAGUACGGCAGAAGGCAUUUUCAUGUCCCGAACACGCAGACGUCACAGGAACAGUGAUUUCCUGUUGGGAUUAGGUUUAGGGUUACGCCCAGGGUUGAGGACUGUGGAGUAUAGUGGACAUCAGGACAUCUCUUCAUCCAUGGGUGUUACAGUGCCUGAGAUGUAACAGGGUCUUUUGGAAUGGAUCGGCUGUGUGUAUGAUUCCUUGUGGCAUGUGCAGCUUGUUAAUAGCACAUACUGGGAACAGUAAACAACGACUGCUGCCUGUCUAUAUGCAGUCAAAUCAUCUUCAUUGUUUUGUGGAAAUACAGCUCUGGAUUGUGUAGAAUAUAUAUAUUUUUUUACAACAUAUGUUAUUCUUAGUUACACUGAGCGUAGUAACUAAUGUUUAACUUCCUUUUAACCCCUUGGCCUCAUAGCUACAUAAUGUACAGUGGGGCAAAAAAGUAUUUAGUCAGCCACCAAUUGUGCAAGU